AUGUACGAGCUAUACAACCUGCUCUGUUAUGUGGCGAAAGAUUCCCAUACAUUGCAAAAAGGUGCUGUCGUCUACAUCGUCAAAGCCCACAACCUGAAAGGUCAACUGAAUGAAGGGAGCAUGGAAUCUUUGGCAACAACCAUUCAUUUCGUUAUGCAAAACUGCCGAACACUGUCGAGUGUACUCGAACAAACCGCCCUGUCUAAGCUUCUGCGAUAUUUCUCUGUACCGUUUGCUGCACUGCAGGAAGGACGCGUGAGAGAUUGGCCCGUCAUCACUAUUGAAAAUUACACUACAUACUGUGGCGAUGCUGACAUGAAGAAAGAAGGUGGCUGUGCGACAGCUGUGAGGAACGAUUACAACAACCUUGGAGGAAUUUGGCUCAACGUCGUCUGGAUGCGCCUUCGUACGAUUGCGCGAUCGCAGAGGACGUAA